UUGUUAGCUUUGUCGUAGUUACUUUAUUAUUCGCUUGUGUGCGUUGUCUUUAACUGUGUCUAAUUUUUUGACUAACGCUGUUGAUUUUGUCCUCGAAUCUGUCUCUGUCUGUCUCAUUCUCUCUGUAACACAUUAAGUAUAAGUAUAAACAGGAAUUAAUUAAAACUACUGUAGACAAGUAGUAGGCUAUUUCUACUAGGCUUUUUUUGCCUCUUUGAUCCUCUAUCUUCCUCUUAAACACGUUUGUUCCUAGUAGAUUUUACAGGUUUCAUCGUGCAGGACGAGGCUCACACACAAAGUUUAGUUUGUUGAUGACAUCCUCUGCAUUGUUGGUAUUGCUGAUCCUUCAGUUUGGAUUUGGACAAAGCUCUCAUAAACAUCUCCAUGAUGAUCAUUAUACUGGCCAGCAGCACAACCCUGAACAUGACAUGAACAUCCUGCUGCGAGAUGAGGACACUGAGGAGAUAAAGAAACUUAGCCCAGCAGAGCAGGGGAAAAAGAUGAUGGAAAUUGUGAAGCGGAUUGAUACAAAUGCUGACCAUCUGCUAAAUGCAGAGGAGGUCACGCUAUGGAUUCAGCACGUCUACAGAAAAUAUGCUCUGGAUGAUGCAAAGGAGCGUUUCCCUGAGUUUGACACUGACAAAGAUGGUGUUGUUACAUGGGAGGAAUACAACAUGGUCGCUCAUGACCAGCUCAUUAGUUUUGAUGACAGCGAUGUACUGGAGGAUCCAGAGCAGGAGUCUCUCAGAUACCUCCACCUGAAGGAGAGAAGGCGCUUUGACUUUGCUGACGUGGAUGGCACACCGGGGCUUAAUGUGAUGGAGUUUCUCGCCUUUACACAUCCGUCUGAAGUGGAUCAUAUGGCUGAUUUUGCCAUUGAAGACGUGUUGAGUGAAUAUGACACCGAUAAAGAUGGACUCAUCAGUCUGAAUGAAUUCAUUGGAGAUGUCCGUGGUGAUGAGGAGUCCCCGUCACAGUGGGAAAUUGAAGAAACUGUGCGGUUUAAAGACCUCUAUGAUCAAGAUCAGGAUGGCAAGUUGAAUCGAGGCGAGCAGCUCCGCUGGGUGGCGCCCAAUAGCUACGGCUCAGCAAGAGAAGAGGCUCUUCACCUCAUCAAGGAAAUGGACCACGAUGGAGACGGACAGAUCUCAGAGGCUGAAGUUUUGAAAAAUCAAGAAACGUUCAUGAACAGUGAAGUGACAGACUAUGGCAGACAGCUGCAUGUAUCACAUGAUGAACUAUAACUGUACUUUAUGUUCUUUUCUUUUUUUUGUCAUUUGUUUCCAGGAAAUUGUAAUGAUAUUUAUUUCCUGUGUUGUACUUCGACAGUAGUGGAUUAGCCUCACUGUUGAUCUUGUACGCUAACAAUCAUUUGCAAUAUUGAAUGAAAUAGACAAAAUAACAGGGAAACAUUUUUCACACAACACUUGGACAGUUACGCACCUCCCAAAACAUUUACAGUGGUGUGCAAAUUCUAAACAUCAAACGCUUUACAAAAUAGUUUGUCUUGCAGGCCUGUUAUAUUGUAUUUCAUAAUAUUGUAAGCAGUUCCUGUUAUUUUGUCCAUUUUACAUUCACAUACUUCUGAAGAACAGCGAAGAUCAACUGGGUGAAUGAUUGUAACCACUUUUUAAGGACGAGUUUUUUUUGAUUACAUUUUACAGCAGGUUUGUUGAGCUAUAUCAUCAUUAGUGAUUAUUUCACUUGUGCCAAAACUGAGUUGACGCAUGUAUCAGUCCAGUUGUGGCAACCGCUGGCAUGUUGCAGCUCUUCCUCAUUUAAAUCAAAUGAGUAAGCGAGUGAGUGUUGCAGCUUGACUGCUGGUUUCCUGAAUGUGUCAUGAUCUGUUUCACUUGCAUCGAGCCACAGCCUGUUACACUGCUGGCUGCUUUAAAGUGAUUUAAAGUUGAGUGGAUUCUCCAACAGGGACUAUUGUUAACCACUGCCAAGAUGACAUUACAAUUUAAAGAUGCCUUUUGGGUGAGUCGGUGUGACGCUACUAAGCCAUACUUUUUUUUUUUUUUAUGUUUAUGUUCAGAGCUGAAGUUGUCCAUGCGUUUUUACUCAGCUGUGAAUGUCAGUGUUGUUGUAUUUAGUAUGUUCACUGGGGUUUUGAGGUAAUAUCUGUCAUGUGCCUGUCCACUUCUACUGUAUUUAUGCCUUUCAUUUUGUCUGGACCGUAUCUACUCUACCAUAUAGGCUACUAGUAAUGGAUUUAGUUAUCUGUAUAUUUUACUACAGUUGGCUGAACACUUUGUCUUAUCUUUUAGAAUUAUAAUCUUUGCUUUCUUUCCUUAUUCUACCUUUGAAACUCGCUGAACAGGUACUGAAUUGUUGCUUGGAUUAAAACAUUAACUAUGUAUGUAGUCUUGAUCAGCAACAUUUUUUUUUUAUCUCUGGGUUGUGUACACGCUCUAUCUAUAACCAGGUGUGUCACAAACUAAACAGCUCUUUCUCUGUACAACUUUUUAAAACAGUGUUGUUGUGGUGGUUGUGGUGGUUUGGUGAUUUCUGCAUAAUUAUUGAGGGUUUCCUGUUAAUCUCAUCUCCCCCAUGGGCCCCUGAUCUUCUGACUGCCUUUUCAGAGACACCUGUUACUGUAACACAUGUAUGCAACAAUGCAAAAGACCACAACUUAAAAUGUAUAUAUAACUAUUUGCUAACAGUUACACAUUUUCUACCAUAACUGUAAGCAAAACUGAAGGAACUGGACGGUCAGAAACAACAAUCAGUUGAACUCUAUUGUAGUUUAAGUUUACAUUGUGAAGUUGUAUGCUUCCUUUUUCCUCUUCAUUAUCACGCCGUUAUCAGUACCCCUCAUUUAAAAUGUAACCCAGUAACAGUAUAAAUUAACAUUAGAGAUGUUUGUACAGAAGUCAUUUUACUUCCACAUUAGUCAAAUUUCAGCCAAGUGAGACUACUUUUACGUGAGAGGGGGUUUUUGGUACAUCUGUCACUUGCUGCUUUCCAUUCAGACCCCAGCAACAGCAUGUAACAUUUUCCAUUCUUGAUGAGAUACCCCCACAAUACCUCUUCAUGGAAAAUCUCAGAAGUCAUCAAAGUAAAACUUUGAGUAUCAUUUAAAUCAUCAGCUAUUGCCUAAAGGAGAUCAUUUGGGUUUUAUAAAUACUGAGCAAUAAAGAAACGGUAACAUUUUA